AUGAACGGUUCACUCUACAGCGAGGACGCGGAAGUUCGCGUUGGGAUUAUCGUGCGACCACUUCGCGGACACUGGAGGCCAAUUAGCGGCGAAGACUCCAAAGAUGCGACAAUUCUUGAUCCUUCAAUGUGGAAGACCGCCGCUAGCGAAUAUAAUAACGAAGCCAAAAUGCAAUUCAUUUCUAAAAUGGUAUAUAGUAACCACGAACUAAGCGAAGCAGACACGUUCCAAGCAAAGUCAGAAGCAUCGAAACAGCUUCCUCAAUCUGGCGCCUCUAAAAAAGAGUUGGAUAAUCGAGUGCGCUUAAUCGCUUAUAAGUGA